AUGGAUCUAGGAUCAAACAUCCAUUGGGGAAUUGGAGCAGGCGUCUCGGUGGCUAUAUGGCAGCAGACCAUGUACGAGAAAAAGGUGCCUGAGAACAUUGACGCCUUCCGUGAGUUGCUACAGGAAUACGGCAAAGUGCCGCCAGAGGAGGUCGAGAGCCACUUGACUGAAAUUCCCUAUACAAAUCAGCCGCAGAACCGCAAGAUCUGCAGAUCGUAUUUCGUAUCAUGGACACUGACAGAUGCUGGCCCCCUGCGAAAGCGCGACAGGGCUUGGCAAGUGCACAGGUAUCCUUGCAUCGGACGCUGGAGCUUCACCAGAAUCGACGUCACCCUUCGCGACCCUCGCUACAAGGAAGCAGUCAAGAGGUUGACAGCGCCAGAUUCGCGAGACGCGCUGCUUGAUCUGGGGUGCUGCUUCGGGCAGAACAUCCGCCAGCUCGUGCGCGAUGGUGUGGAGCCCUCCCGGCUGUACGGCACCGACCUACACGACGAGUUCCUCGAGCUGGGCUUCGACCUCUUCCGCGAUCGCGAGUCGCUGACGGAAGGCGGUGCUACCUUUGUGGCGGGCGACAUGCUAGAUCCUGAUGACCCGGAUCUCGUCCGAUUCGAUGGCAAGAUCACGAUCAUCCACGCCUGCAACUUCUUCCACCUCUUCGCCUGGGAACAACAGGUGGUCAUCGGCAAGCGUGUAGUGCGAUUUCUGAAGCCAGAGACGAAAGACGCUUUGCUUUUUGGCUGGCACAUUGGCAGCUUGAAGCCUGGGCCCGAGAGGACAAUGGCUCUCGGAGAGCGCCAUCUGCAUAACGAGGAGAGCUUCCAGAAGCUCUGGGAUGAGAUUGGUGAGAAGACAGAGACAAAGUGGCGCGUCGAGAGUCAAGUGAUUUCGAAGAUGCCCCCAGGUCUAAAGGGGUUUGACGAUAAUGCUCGCAUCAUGCGGUACGGGGUCUACCAGCUACCGUUAUAG